UUCUAUAGAGUAACGCAGUUAUCGAAGGAGUGAUGAAAGUGCGCCGACCUUGCCUUGCAAAGAAGCUCUCACCAUAGUUAUCAAUCAACAAACCCACUCUCACCCGCUUCCCCUCCUCGCACUUCAUAUCCAUAAUGGUGUUGUUCAGAUCAACCAACAUCGAGCGUCCUUCGUGUGGAGAAGCACUGAUGCAGAAUUGGGCAGACCAGAUAUAGUGCGUGUAGAAGCUAGAAAGGAGGACUUCCAUCACAAGAGACUAGAGUUUAUUAUUAGUAGCGAAACAUUUGGUCUGAAGCAUUGUACCGUAGCAACAGCGGUAGACUCUUGGAACGCGUCAAUAUUUUCCAAGGAGCGUGGAGUUUUGUUUUGUCUAUCGUCCUCUCGGCCUUCUUCUUGGUCUUCUCCACAGGAUUUUACGCGCAAGUGUGGGAUUGUUUGAGCGACGAGUGAGGUUGUUCUGUUUUAUUAUCACUCACAUAUCAUUAGUCAUGGCUCCUCAUCGCUAUCUCUUCCCUCCGGGUUUUUCUCUAUUGCUUUCAUCUCACCAUUUCUGAGUUGAGGAUUUUGAGUUGAGAUUUGCUGCUUUGGAAGCGUAUUCUCUGGGCAGUCCAGAGUAGGGAUUGCUAGGUUAAGGUGAGCUUGAAGCUAUGGGGAAUACCUUCCGCAAGCUCUUUGAUUCUAUCUUCGGCAACAAGGAGAUGCGGUUGGUGGAUGUCAGAAAACAAAUGAUCCAUGAAAUUGGAGAAUUUGUAGACUAGUUUAUCCCUGCUACAAUUUUUCUGCCAUGCUACCUAUCACUUAUUGAUCAAAAGUUACAAUAAGUCGUCUUUUGGUGACUUGACCAAAGAAUUGGAGAGGGCUCAGAUUGAACCUGGAGUUUCAUAAUUUUCUCAUGGCACCUUAAUUGUUUGUACUUCCAUUUCCUGUGCAUCUAUUUUACCUCCUUUAGUUUCUGUAUUUUUUCCCUCUCGCGUUUUGAGAAUUAAUUCGAGAUUUGUUCUCUGAUCAACUUCUAGUCUGAAUUCGAGCAUCGAGAAUUGUCAUCGAUUGUGCCGAGUUUUAGAAGUCCUGAUUACUGAGUGCGAAGAACUAAUUAUCACUUUAAUUCCUCCUUAUUUGUAUGUUGAUGUACUUUGCGUUCAGUUUUAGAAGGGUGAAGAUUGCUUAGUAAGUCAUAACCUAGUUCCCUGUAUAAUUUACCGUCUAAAUCUCUUUUCUUUUAAAUUCUACACUCUUCCCACACUGCUAUCAUUUUAUUCUAACAUUGGAUAAUGCGGUUUAUCUGGACUCUUUCAUCACUUUCAGCCUGGCUACUGAGAGAAUUGCUUUAUUUUAACUAUAGAAAUUCAUGCGGGUAAUGAUGUGCUGUGCAUCUCAUGUAUCUGAUAGGUGGUGAUGCUUGGAUUGGACGCGGCAGGCAAAACCACCAUUCUCUAUAAGCUGCAUAUUGGAGAGAUUUUGUCCACAGUCCCCACCAUCGGGUUCAAUGUAGAGAAAGUUCAAUACAAGAAUGUUGAGUUUACAGUGUGGGACGUUGGAGGCCAAGAGAAAUUGCGACCUCUGUGGCGGCAUUACUUCAACAACACUGACGGUUUGAUUUACGUUGUCGAUUCAUGUGAUAGAGAACGAAUCGACAAGGCAGCGAGCGAGUUUCAGCAAAUCAUAAACGAUCCACUGAUGAGGAACAGCGCAAUUCUUGUGUUUGCAAACAAACAAGACAUGAAUGGAGCUUUGGGCACUGCAGAGGUCUGUGAAAGAUUCGGGCUCUUUGGCCUGAAAAAUCGAAGAUGGCAAAUCCAAGGCACUUGUGCUCCCAAAGGUGAAGGAUUAUACGAGGGGCUGGAUUGGCUGGCCACGACGUUGAAGCAGAUGCAGGCAGCUGGAGUUUCCACCUCUGUAAAGGCCGCUUGAAGCCUUCUGUAGAUUGGCAACUCAUUCUCGCGGAGAAGUGAGAUUGCCUUGCGCUAAUCUUCUGAACUCUUGUAAUUAGCGGAUUAUGCGGCAUCUCCUCGUCUACAUUUACCUGCAGCAAUGUUUUUUGAAGACCCGUGGCGACUCUGCAGGGAUCAACACUACGUUGCUCCAUUCCUACUUGUGUGCCGCGAAUUUAUAUGCUGCUCUUGCUGCUAAUCAGAGAGCUUUUACUUCUUUUUGCCUAUUUGGCUAUGGUGCUCUGCUUUCGCAUUUCCAAACGAUUUUUUGGUGGGGAAUCGCAUAGAACAUUGGUACUGGGGUGUGCAUUAUUAUUGUCUACAUCCACUCCACUGCUCUUUUCUCUUUCUCAGGUGGGCAUGCUGACGCGGGUGAAACCUUACAUGUCUUUGCUUCUGUGAGGGUUUCUGAGCAUGACACUUUUCAUUACACCAACCCUAUUCACUCUGCGAAUGGAUAUCUUGUGAAACAAAGAAGCCUUGUCAGUCACGUGGUGCACUUUGAAAAGUAGCAUCAAUAGAACCGACUUGCAGGAGCAAUCGUGUAGUAUUUUAAUACAUUGUUAAGUUUUUUAUUUUUUCAGCUGUUUGUCUCUCAGUGUCGUGUUCAACAAAAGUUUUGUAUGAUACGUUAUCUUAUUACAUGUAGUGACGAAAUACAUUUUUGAAAGAAAA